AUGGAAUCCAACGACGAAAAUAUUAAUUUAGAUUCAACUCAGACACAAGUCGACACAGAAAACCCUGCUGCUGCUGCUGCUGCUGCUGCUGCUGCUGCUGCUGCUGCUGUCGAUGCUGCUGCUGCCGACGAAGCCUCAGAGCAGCAGCAAGAUGAACAGCCAGCUGCAGCAGAACCAGCAGCAGCAGCAGCAGCAGCAGCAGAGUCUGCUGCAGACGAUGCAACCCAGGAAGCAGUAGCAGCAGAUGCUGCUGCUGCUGCUGCUGCUGCAGUUGCUGCUGAUGAUUUGACUGUAGACGAAAAAGAAGAACAGACAGCAGCAGAAGCUGCUGCUGCUGCUGCAGCAGCUGCUGCUGCUGCCGAUACUGCUGCAGACCCUGCAGCAGCUGAGGCAACGAACGAAGUAGCAGCAGCAGAAGCAGCAGACGCAGCAGCAGCAGCAGCAGAAGUAGAAGCAGCAGCAGCAGCAGAAGCAGAAGCAGCAGCAGCAGCAGAAGCAGCAGCAGCAAAUGACCCUUCGUCAGAGCAAGCUGCUGCUGCAGCAGCUGCAGCAGCAGCAGCAACAGCCGAAGACACAGCAGGUCUCCUGCUCAGUGGUGAUGCUGCAGCCGUUGCUGCUGCUGCUUCCUUCGCUUCUGUUGCUGCAGAAGCAGCAGCAGAAGUAGCAGCAGAAGCUGCAGCAGAAGCAGAAGCAGCAGCAGAAGCAGCAGCAGAAGCAGCAUCAACGGCAGAAGCAGAACCAACAGUAGCAGCAGCAGCAGCAGAAGUGACAGCCGAAGCAGCAGCAGAAGCAGCAGCAGCAGCAGCAGAAGCAACAGCAGAAGCAGCAGCAGCAGCAGCAGCAGAAGCAGCAGCAGAAGCAGCAGCAGAAGGAACAGCAGAAGCAACAGUAGCAGCAGCAGAAGAAGGGGUGGCCGAAGCAGAGGCGGAAGGAGCAGCAGCAGCAACAGAAGCAGCAGCAGCAACAGAAGCAGCAGCAGCAACAGAAGCAGCAACAACAGAAGCAGCAGCAACAGAAGCAGCAACAGAAGCAGCAACAGAAGCAGCAGCAGCAGAAGGUACUGAUACAGCAACAAGUGCAGCAAGCGCAGCAGCAACGGAGGCAGCAGGAGAAGCAGCAACAGAAGCAGCAGAAGCAGAAGCAGAAGCAGCAGCAGCAGCAGCAGAAGCUGCUGCUGCUGCUGCUGCGCAAGACACCGAGAUGGGUGGGUCAGGUGGACCCGCUGAGGAGCCUGCUGCUGCUGCUGCUGCUGCUGCUGCUGCAGACGAUACAGUAGAGCAUGCAGCAGCGGAAGCAGCAGAGGCAGCAGCAGAGGCAGCAACAGAAGCAGCAGCAGCAGCAGAAGCAGCAGCAGCAGCAGAAGCAGCAGCAGGGGCGGAACUGCAAACACCGACAGGAGACGAGCAGCAGCAGCAGCAGCAGCAGCAGCAACAGCCCGAGGAGCAGCAGCAGCAGCACGAGCAACAGCAGGAGCACAAAGGAGAGCAAGAACAGCAGGAGAACGAACAGCAGCAGCAGCAGCAGCAGCAGCAGCAGCAACAGCAAGAGCAGCAGCAGCAGGAGAUGGAAGAUCAGACAGAGCAGCAGCAGCAGCAGCAGCAGCAGCAGCAGCAGCAUGAAGAGGAAGAGCAGCAAAACCAUGAGCAGGCCCAGGACGCCCCUCAGCAGCACCACCACAACCACCACCAACAACAGCAGCAGCCGCAGCAGCAGCAGCAGCAGCAGCAGCAGCAGCAGCAGCAGCAGGAAGAGGAUGAAACUUCUGGUGAGGAUGAGGGCAUCGACGUGUUUGCUGCAGCAGCAAAAGAAAAAGAAAAACAAAAAAAAAACAAAAAAGAUUACGCAAAACUGUGGAGGCACGGAGACAGCCUGGAUAGAGAGCAGCAAAAGGACGGGCUGCGCCGCUCCUUUGAGCUGCAGGAGUGCUCCUCCCUCCCCCCCAACGCCCGCCUCCCCCCUCUCUCGGCUCUAGAUAAGAAACAACUCCUCUUCUUCUCUCACAGCUAG